AUGAACAAUGGUGAUUGGCCUGCAGAUAUGUUGAUUGAGAUUAUCUUGAAAUUGCCCUUCAAGUCUAUCAUUCAUUUCAAGUGUGUGGGAAAAACUUGGUGUGAUCUCUUUCAAAAUCCCUGCUAUGUUACUCAUCAUCUUAGUAUUAGCAAAAAGAAUAAACGUCUUCUUGUUUAUUAUCACGAUGACAACAAUGAUAAUGUUCUUAUGCGUUUGUUUGUUGAUCAAAAGCUUGUUUCUUACCAUGAUUUGCAUCAACAAUUGCCUUCACAUAUUUCUGAUCUCUAUGUUUUUGAGCUACGUGUGGAUAAUGGUUUAAUUUGUUUAUGUGAUGCAUACAAUUGUCGCAUAACUCUUAUGGAAUCCCGCCACAAGAGAAUUCAGGAUUCUCCCUGCUUGUAA